AUGCAGAGACCGCCGCGGCACCUGGUCUUGGGGAAGACGAUCGGGAAGGGGUCGUAUGCAACUGUGAAACAGGCCAAGGACAAGAUCACAGGAAUGACCUGUGCCGUCAAGAUCAUUGACAAACGAUCUUCUCUUUUCAAGCCCGCGGCAUUGGAGAAGGAGAUCAACGCCAUGCUCAAGGUCUCGCAUCCCAACAUCGUCAGGCUGCACGGAGUCUAUCACGAGAGAAGCAAGACGUACUUGAUCUUGGAUCUGAUGACUGGUGGCACAGUCAUGGAUAGGAUCAUUGAGAUGGAUCAUUUCCAGGAAAGGGAUGCCAUCGUGAUGAUAUCUGAUGUUUUGAGUGCUGUAGCAUACCUGCACAGCAUAGCAAUUGCCCAUAGAGACAUCAAACCUGAGAAUCUAUUGUACGCAUCUAGCAAUCCUGAAUCACCAGACUACUAUACAAUCAAGCUUGCAGACUUUGGACUAUCCUCCAUCACUACCGAACAAUCAAGCAUGAAGACACUAUGUGGUACACCGACCUAUGUGGCACCGGAGAUCAUUGAUCCCAAGCGCAAAUCCAUCUAUUAUGGACCAGAGGUUGACAUCUGGUCAGUGGGUAUUGUGAUGUACGUAAUGCUAUGUGGAUUUCCUCCGUUCUUUGAUCAAAAGACUUCUGUCUUAUUCGAACAGAUUUGCCAAGGUCAGUAUGAUUUUCCCUCUCCGUAUUGGGACGGAGUAUCUCCAGAUGCCAAAGAUUUGAUAUCGAAGAUGCUGGUCGUCGAUCCAUCUCAGAGAUUUUCGGCUCGUCAAUGUCAGCAGCAUCCAUGGAUUGUCGAGGCACCUGAAGAGUCGGAGGGGUCGGGGCCAGGAAACCUCCAUGCUUCGCAUCGUGCGUUCUUGUUGAUCAGGAAAUUGCCACUGUUUGCCAACAUCGAUCCAAUGCUGUUGGAGAAAAUCACGAGGAAGUUGCGGCUGGUGAGGGUGGCAAAGGGUGAGGCUUUAAUCAAUGCCGGCGACCAAGGGGACAGCAUGUACUUUAUCAACUCGGGAGCGAUGGAAAUUCUUGUGGACGGGGAGCGUGUGGAUAGAUUAACUACAGGCGAUUUCUUCGGGGAGGUUGCGCUGACAGUUGCGGAGUUGCGGACUGCAGAUGUAGUCUCGUUGGGGCAGGAUGCAACUGGAAAAUGUUCCACGGAGCCAGCAGAAUUGUUUCAACUGAUGAGAGUAGACUUCGAAGAGAUCAUGGGCGAGUUUCCUCCUUUGAUGCGAAGACUAGCGCAUGUUGGAAAGGCAAGGGUGCGGAGGGCUUCCUCACAGUCAAGGAGUCCAGAGAGAAGGUCGCCCUUGCAGUACGAUGCUGCUCCCAGGUACUUCAACGAGGAGGACUCGAAGCAUUCCGACGGAAGCUCGAGCGCUGGCUCGCCCGUCGCAACGAGUGCCAGCAGGGCUGUUGAGGAGCCCGACGAACUGAAUGAUUUUGAGAAAGAACUCGAAACCCUGCAUGCAGAGUUGCACGCGCAAGAGGAGAAGAAGAAGAGGAUGGAGGCAGGUGCCGAGAAGAAAGCGGAUGGAGACAGCCAGCAAGAAAGGAAGGAGGAAGAGGACGACUCGAGUGAAGAAGAGGAAGAUGGAGUGACUCACCUUUCGAGUGCAGUGAGUUGGGGGUUUAAGGUAGGAUAUUUCAUAAGUCAGGAAGAGCUGGCUGCGCAGGAGAAGCUUGUUCAGAUGUUGAAGGACCAAGUCCCUCAAUGCAGUCCUGAUGAUCGUGAGUGCAAGAGCGACGCUCGGAGGCAGGACAGGAAGUAUAAGAACCGCCUUGGAGGAUUCGCCGAUGAUCCCUACGAGGAUGGUCUCAAACUCACCAUGCAGACGCAGCUGAAGCUGAAGGGCAAGGCAACCAUGUUGCGGUGGCUUCCCUUCUUCACCAUGGACGCGCAUUCAGCAAUAACGAGGUUGAUGGUUGCUGUUGACUCCAAGGGCUUCCUGCAUGUUCUUGACAACGCUGCUCACGUACUGUCCUCCUGGCCCUGUGGACAUGCCUCGAGCGUCACGUCACUGGCAGUCUCUCCUCCUCUAGGGAACGUCUGCUACAUUGCGACCGGGAGCAAGCAUGGCGAAGUACGUGUACAUUCCUUUCCUGUUCCUCCCAAGUUUGAGAUCAGUCCUGCGUCGUCGAGGAUCGCGUUGAAGCAGGCGCGAAAGAUUGGCAGGAACGGCUGGAAGCCAGUCCUGUCCCACGUUCACGAUUUCUUUCCCACUCGAACUCAGAGGAUCGACAAAAUCAGCGACAGGAGCUUUGAAGUCUCUAAUACAUCCGCUCCUGCGGAGAUCACUUCAAUGCAGUUCGUUCAGAAGGGCCGAUCUCUCAACCUCGUCGCCGGGGACGCAGCAGGGAGGAUGUUUUGGAUGCUCCUCAAUGGAUCUUUAGUAUCCUCUAGACAUAUCGAUCAGAGCCUGCAGCCUGCGGUGGAUGUCAAGAUAGAGGAUAUCGCUGCCCUCCCUGACACCCACUGGAUCCUCGCGGGAUGGAGUGGAGGCCUGAGCGCCAUGGACAUCAGACAGGCGUCAAUGCAGCAGGUCCAAUGCGUCAAAUUUGUGAUCGACAAGCAAGGCAAAUCGAGAGGAGAGAAGAAACCGGAAACGCGAUUGGUUGACUUCGAGGUGGCGUCGAUGGCGCUGGACGCUGAGAUCAAACGGUCUCGAUUUCACCUCAUGUAUGUUGGAACCAAGGCUGGGCAGACUCUAGUCUUACAGAUUCGUCGGGACUUCGAUCCCAAGACCAACUCUGCGCAAGUGAAAUGCAGGAUUCUGCAAGAAAUCAACAUCGUCGAUGAGACAUCGGGCAAGCACGUUCCAGUGCACGUCGCUCUGAUGAAAGACUAUCUCGCGGCAGCGGCGAGCGGGAGUUCCAUAACGUCGCUGAGCAUGUGA